GGUGCCUGGAUUCAGUCAGUACGGUUACGUGUUUACACCCAACUACUGUGAAAUUCCUAUGUGAAAGCACCCUGCCCCGCAGUCCACGUUGUGGUACUGGAGCCGCGCAUCAGACACACACUGCUCCAACACUGCUCGGGCUGCGGGCACGGGCUGAAGCCCCACCGUCUCUCCCAGGCUGAGCCGAGCUGUACCGCCCCAAGGGCAUCAGCCCAGCCCGGGGGCUCGGCCUAGCCCCUCGGGGCUGAGCGAGUGACGCCGCCGCUCCCGCCCGCCGCACAGGUAAGCGGCACCCUACGGGGGGUGGCCAAUGGCGCGGUCCGGCCACGGCCGCCAGCCAAUAGGAGCGCGCUCGGCUGCGGCCCCAUAGAAAUGUGCCUGGUGGGGAGCCAAUGGGGCGCGGCCGGGCCGCGGGCGGUGCUUUAUCAGCUGCCGGGGCCGGCCACGGCGGUCGCGGCCGCCUGUCCUUCUGCUUCUCCCUUCCUGGAGCUCCGGCACCCCCACUGCACAGCAUGGCCGGGCUGGGCGGCGGUCCCGCCGCCUUCGGGCGCUGCACGCACGCCGUGGUGCGAGCGCUGCCCGAGUCGCUGUGCCGGCAAGCGCUGCGCAGCGUGGCGGGCCCCGAGGUGGACUUCGCCCGCGCGGAGCGCGAACAUCAGCUGUAUGUGGGUGUACUGCGGGGCAAGCUGGGGCUGCAGGUGCUGGAGCUGCCGGCCGACGAGAGCCUCCCCGACUGUGUCUUCGUGGAGGAUGUGGCCGUAGUCUGCGAGGAAACGGCGCUCCUCACCCGCCCGGGCGCGCCCAGCCGCAGAAAGGAGGUUGAAGCCAUGAAGAGAGUACUAGGAAGUCUCAACCUAAACAUAGUAGAGAUGGUAGAUGAAAAUGCAACCUUGGAUGGUGGCGACGUCUUAUUUACAGGCAGAGAAUUUUUUGUGGGCCUCUCCAGGCGAACAAACCAACGUGGUGCAGAAAUUCUGGCUGACACGUUUAAGGAUUAUGCUGUCUCCACAGUCCCUGUUCAUGAUUCUUUGCAUCUGAAGAGCUUUUGCAGCAUGGCUGGACCAAAUUUGAUUGCUAUUGGAUCAAGUGAAGCUGCACAGAAAGCCCUCAAGACCAUGCAACAGAUGAGUGACCACCGCUACGACAAGCUGACAGUGCCCGAUGAUGCUGCAGCAAACUGCAUCUACUUAAACAUUCCCAACAAAGGCCAUGUCCUGUUGCACCGAGCCCCUGAGGAAUAUCCAGAGAGUGCAAAGGUAUUUGAAAAACUGAAGGACCACAUGCUGAUCCCAAUAGCCAACACAGAACUGGAGAAAGUAGAUGGGGCACUCACCUGUUGCUCUGUGCUUAUUAACAAAAGUUCAGAAUUAUGAGCUUACAGAGUCCCUCCCUUGUAACUGGCAAUAACGUUACACACAAGGUAGACGAAUCUGUACCCACACUUACUAUUGGUUUUUAUUGACAAUCUACUGUACCACUGUGCUACUAACCUUUGUUUACAAAUUUUUUGCUUUAUGUAUUUUUAUGCCCUUGCAGAUGGUAUUUAAGGUGGAUGUGUGGUUUGUUGGGGAGCCCAUAACUGAAGUAUGGUAGUCCUAUGGGCUAGCAGAAGACAAUUACAGUGGCUAACCCCUAGCUUUAGUGAUUUAACAUAUCUGUAUGGAAUUUUUUAUGAAAAUCGACUAAUUCUCAAGGUUUCAAGCACCUCUGCUAUCUUUAUGCUGUUCUUUUUUCCCCUCUGUCUUGCUGUGCAUCUUUUUUGCUUUCCUUAAUCCUCUUCAGUGAUGCAAGAUAUCAGGAGUGUCUGAGGAAAGCUCAGUAGGCUCAAGAAUUUAGUAUCUUGUGUGGUAGAGAAACUUUCUGUACACUAACUGGAACAGUGGGCAAUGGGCUGUGCUCACUGUCCUGGCCCUAUCCCAUUGCUGUUUCUGGAGUUGUGGCUGCAAUAAUUUUCAGAUGCUAGCUGAAAAAAGCAUUUUCUGACAGGAGUGCUCAGGGGCAACAUCUGCCUGGGAAACUUGAAUGACAGAGUGAAUAGUGCAGUCACACAAGGCAAUGUCCUGCAAGAUUGAGACCCAGUUUGCUGCUAAUGUCAUGAUUUACAUUCGGUGAGAACGGAAGAGGAGUUCUUAAAAAGGCCAGAUCCCAGGGAACACCCAGACCACAAAAAUGAAAGACUGAGAUGUUUUUUGAAAAAUUAAACCUACAAAAGUAAUCUGAAAUAUUGGGGAGGUUUAAUGAUCUUUGUUUAGUUCUUAAAAUUUUAUUAGGCUCUUCUUUCUAUUUUAUCCUCUUUUGGAGACUACAUAACUGGCAAAACUUCAUAUAAGAGACUGAUAGAAGGAGGUGAAGGAUGGCUAUUCAUGGAUUAUGCUCAUGAAUAAAGGAAGCUGUUUUUUCCUGAAAGAUUGGUAUUUGUACAUUAUCUGUCUUUGGGGCAGUUUUUCUUGGAAGAGUAACAGUCUUUUUUUUUUUUUCUAAUUGUAUGAAUAUUUACUGUGGUAUUCAAUUAAAACAAACAGAAUUCUUGUAGUACAUUCCACAUCAUGUUUACCCACUGAAUCACUUUUUUUCAUCACAGACAAGUGAAACAUACCCCAUUGUGUUCACGUGCUUCUUGGCAAAUCAUUAGUAAGCUGAGGAAGGGGAAAUUCCCAAACAGAGGCAGUAGUGGGAACUCUCUGAAGACUGACAAAUAGUCUGAAUAUGUUACCAACUUCCUAGACAUCUCCACCUUUCCUGAACUGCUUGUGGCAUGUUGCUAAGGCACAGUAGGAAAUGAGCAGGGGAGGCCUAGGCAAUGCAGUCUGCAGGAAAGCAAACAACAUUGACUGGGUGCACACUUGAGUGUUCUUUGGAAACCCACAUGCUUUUUUGUGCAGUCAUAAGGGAGGAAACACAAGUAUUCAUAUCCAUAGGUACUCCUCAGCAUAUCUGUUAUUUCAUCUCAGUAGCUAACAAAGAGGAAACCUCCUGGCAGCUACGGAAUACAUGUGAUGCUUUGUGGGUAUGCUGUAUGUUGUGAUAACACAAGGGAUCGUGAAAGAGAGCAAUGAUGACCAAAUACAGUAUAUGUGAAAUGAGUAUGUCCCAAAGGGAGUCUUUAGCCACUCAAAGUGCUGACCCAAAGGGUUCUCCUAAUGUUGCCCCUGUCUCUUCCAUUCCCAUGCACCAUCAUUAGGCAGGCUCUAAGGAUGUAAACAUUUGCUGUAGAGAAUGUUUCUUCUACCUUCCCUUAGUGUUUUUAGAAUCUAAUAAAACAUUGCACAGUUUAAAAUUACUUGACAUUAAACAAAGAUUUUUGUGCCAAAAAGAGCCCCUGCAGUAUUUAACUGUGACCUUCUAGAGGCAAGCUAUACUCUGUUAAAAGCCUAUGCAGCUGUAGGAGCUGUCACAGGAAACCUAAACAGAAUCUCUCUGGCCUGUCCACGCACUCUCUGGGGCUGGCCUUCGUGUCUUUCAUUCUCUCUUCCUCUCACUAGGGAGCUAGUGCAUCCAGCCACACCGUGUUGGACAGUGUUAGGCUAUGGAAUUUCUAUUCAGUUUCUCUCCCAAACUUCCCGUUGUGUCUUUUUUGGUGUGUGUUUUUCUUUUUCCUUCCACACUAUCUCACUUUUAAUGUUAUCUCUUUUCCUCAGGUGCUUAUUUCUAGUUUAUGGUAUGGUGAGCACUUUUCUCUCUGCACUCCAAGGGAUUUUUGCUUUCUGUGGCCUCAGCUCUCAUACUUGAGCUUUCUUUUUCUGUACUCCUUCCUCUUCGCUGUUCGCUCCAGGUAUUUGAAGCCAUGGCAGAAUGUCCUAACCUCCCUCCCUCCUGGAGUAAGUACCAGUAGGAAAGAAAAAUCAAAUAGUCCACUUUGAGGGACUUCAUAUGAACUGGAAGGAUGACUGUCAACAGGACCUGUAGAUCAGAGUGACAAAGAUGACUCCUCUUUAGGAUUACUCCAGAAAAGAUAAACAACUGUGGUGAACUUUGUUAUCUUGUGUCCCUGAAAGCAAUAGAAUACAUGACAAUGAAUUCACCUGGCUUCCCAAGGGAGGGGGGAGCUGGGAUCUGAGCUGAGAAACAUCUGUGACAGAGUUCAGCCUCUCACCUAUUGCUGUUUAGAUCUCCUUGGCUUCAAGGCUGCAUUUUGGUGUACAGAAAGAGCAACUGAGUGGCUGAGUGACCUGCUUUUUCCCUCAGGUGAUUUCGGACUUCAAAUUCUCUAACAUCAGGCACAGAAUUUAGGUGCUUGAAAUCACACUUGCUUUCUCUGUCAUUCUCAGUAAGUAUCAUAGCCUACUAACAUAGAUGUUCUAAAUUACAUCUUAGUCUGAUGCCAAAAGUUACCUAAACUGGUUAGUGGAUUUGGCCCUUACCUCUGCUUUUAGUGUCAUUUAUUCUGGCAUUAUAAAGAAGAAAUAUUAAGAGCACCUCAGUUCAUGGCAUUUGCAGUAUGGUACUAAGAACUAAAAUUAUGCCAAAUGCUUCAUGGUUUUGCCAUUUGCUUUUUUCUGUUGCCCAAAUGAAGAAUUCAAUUGUGAGGAUGUUACUGCUGUGACACUUCUGCAUCCAAUGGGUGUCUUGUACAUUUUGUCACUAGAACAUUACAUAGAUUCCUGAUAAACCAUUACCCCUGGUUAAAUAAUAAAAUCCCAAACCAAAAGAAAAUGAGACACUGCAUACUUCGUGGUUGCCCACAUGAAAUACGUGAUGACAACUGUCAAGAUGUGACACAGCAGGCCAGUAGAAAAGUUCUUGUGGUUAAUAGCUCAGUAGUGGGGCUUGAAUUACUUAUCAAAGGCUAUUUUUCUUUCCUUUGAGCAAUCAGUUCAAAUGAAAGAGCUACAACAUGCAUUUUGGAUCUUUCACUAUGCUACCUUUGCUAAGAGUUUUGGGAGAGCUGUGAUUGGUGGGUUUCUUCACCAGAAUGUGAAUGCAGUGUCUUUCUCUCUGCAAUGAAAAUGUGAAUGCAUACUGUACCUUAUAAGAUAAACUUGAAUUCUUCCAGUUUUGCAUUUCUGUCUUUUCUGUGCUACUAGACUCCUUUUUUGCUUUUAAGUAGAUGCCACUGUAUGAAGCUGUGCUCUGCUCAUUUUUUUGUGAUUUCCAUGUGGUACAUACAGAGCUCAUAAGCAACACUAUGUCUGUUAAGGUCAGUGUGCAGAACGCUGUUCGUUCACAGCAAAUUAGAGAUGAAAUAUAGGGGGGAAUGAGCUUUUGGUUUAAUUCAGCUGCUUAUACAUCAUAUUAUUUAAGUCAGAGCCAAAUUAUUUUGAUAGAAAACAUCAGCAUUGACCUGGAACCAUUUGGGGAAAGUAAUUUACUAUUGAAGAUGCUUUUGUGAGGAAACUGAAAAGAUAAGACCACUAAAAGAAAGGUACAUGUGAAGUGAUUGUGAACAAAGUAUCAUUGGACCUCAUGUAUUUUCAGAGAAGUUUUAGCUGGACAUAUGAUGUAACUUCUAUAGAGUUGCAUGUGAAUUGUGUUAGUCACUGGUUUACAUUGUAUUGUUCUGCAGUGCACAAAUAUGACUACUGAACACAGAAGUGUUAAUUUCAUCAAACUUAAAAUCUUGUUGCAGUAUAUAGUUCCCCACUUUUUGUGCCAAAAAACAUCAAUACAUUCCAUAAUCUGUUCUAACAGAGGUUUGCACUUUGGGUUUGGUUUUUUUUUUUGUGUGACUUGCAGUUUCAAUUCUAUAUAUCCUCAUCACAAAGGAAUAAAGUGUCACUUGUACUGUG